AUAAUUACGACGCAUGCAUCGAGCAGUAAACAUACCUAUGUCAGAAGCGACCCACCUGGUAAAGCAGGUGAGAGAGGACCAGUGUCGACUACCAGAUACGUUAUCUGCCCAACACGAUGUGGAGGCUUUUGUUUCUGGGGGUACUGUUUCGGGGGGCACAGACUCAGCUGAGUGAAGCUGAUGGCUGGAUAUUUGCUGAUGAGUAUGAUAGAGCGGUUGGAAUUUUGUGGAAUGAGAAUGGAAAAGCGGCCUGGAAUUAUUACACAAAUAUCACAGAUUACAACCUUGAGGUCAUGAGCAAUUCAAGUCUUAAGAUUGCCGAGUUUGACAAAGAAAUAGCAGCAAACGCUAGUAGAUUCAAUCAUGAGAGUUUCACCAACGAAACACUUAAAAGACUAUUCAAGAAAAUAACUAGCAUUGGCUUUGCUGCAACCAAUGACAGCGAACAGAUGAAAGCAAUAACCAACCUGGAGGCGGAUCUUACAGGGAUUUACAGUAAAGGAGAGGUGUGCUUAGAAUCAAGGGGGUGCCUGCAGCUGGAACCAGGACUGACGAAUAUAAUCACCAACAGUCGGGACUAUGGCGAGUUACUGGAGGUUUGGAAGGGAUGGAGGGACCAGUCAGGGAAGAAAAUGAGGACCAAGUACACGGAGUUUGUCAAGGCCAUGAAUGCAGCCAUCAAAUUCAGCGGAUUUAAUGAUACGGGAGAGUACUGGAGAUCGUGGUACGAGACGCCAACAUUUGAACAAGACGUGAGGACGUUGUUUGAGGAACUGGAACCGCUGUAUGUGGAGCUUCAUGCUUACGUCAGAAAACGUCUGAUGCAGAAAUACGGCAAGGAACUGUUUCCAGAGAGUGGUCACAUCCCUGCCCAUCUUUUUGACCAUUUGUCAGAAAUGACCAAAUCUCGGAAACAGAAUGGUUGGAUAAGGAUAUCCAUUCCCAGAAAGAACAUGGUGACCAUCACAAUCCGAUUCAUCUGUCUUCUAAAGGAACGUCGUUUAUCCAACUACAAUGUGACACACAUGUAUCGAGUGGCGGAGGAUUUCUUUAAAUCUAUAGGAAUGGAAGAUAUGACAGACGAGUUUUGGCAAAAUUCCAUGCUUGUAAAACCAGACGAUCGAGACGUGGUUUGUCACGCUUCAGCCUGGGACUUCUACGAUGGUAAAGAUUUCAGAAUUAAGCAAUGUACCAGUGUAACAGAAGACCAGCUGUUGACAGUCCAUCAUGAGAUGGGACAUAUAGUGUAUUUCCAAAACUACCGACAUCAGCCGAGGUUAUUCCGAGCUGGAGCCAAUCCUGGUUUUCAUGAAGGAAUGGCUGACAUCGUCAGUUUGUCCUUCCAGACCCCAGAGCAUAUGAAAGUGAUAGGUCUAUUAGACGAAGUUCCAGAGGAUCAAGAUAGUGACAUUAAUUUUCUUCUAAAAAUGGCAUUGGACAAGGUUGCCUUUCUUCCCUUUGGUUAUUUAACUGAUCAGUGGAGGUGGAGUGUUUUCCGUGGAGACACAAACUCCUCUAACUAUAACCAGCACUGGUGGGACCUCAGAUGUAGGUUCCAAGGAAUUUCGCCACCAGUUGAAAGGACAGAGGAUGACUUUGAUCCUGGAGCAAAAUACCAUAUACCUGGAAACACACCAUAUAUCAGGUAUUUUGUGAGCUUUGUUGUUCAGUUUCAAUGGCAUGAAGCGCUGUGCAAAGAAGCUGGAAAUACACGACCUUUACACAGAUGUGAUAUAUAUAAUAGCACAAAAGCUGGAAACAAGUUGAGAGAGAUGCUUCGGAUGGGAUCUUCUAAAGUAUGGCAGGAUGCUAUGGAAGCCAUAACAGGAAAUAGAACUAUGAGUGCCAAACCUCUGGUGAGCUACUUUGACCCACUGCUGAAAUGGCUAAAAGAACAAAAUAAAGAAGAGAAUACAGGAUGGGCAGCUUCUUGUCCUUCAACAAUACCAAAACCAAUAACGCCCCAAUCACUCAGCAUAGGAUCCGCCCACUUUAUUUCAGUCAUGUGUUUAAUUUUCUCUAUUGUAGUUGCCUUUGUAAAAACUGGUUGAAAAUUGUUGAUGAAAUUUUAAUUCAUUGCAUAUCCCGUCCUUUUGUGUAUAUGUGUUUAUACAAUUUUCUGUGUGAAAUCCUCUAUAGCACAUACAUGUACGUGCAGGGCAAUGGAAAGGUUUGGUUUUUGCAGAGAGAUGUUAUUAAAAUGCAUAGCAUACUCAGUAACCAGAAACAUAUUCUUCCAUUCACCUUAUGUCAUAUGAAUUUAAACCUGCAUUGCAAGUAAGAUAUGUAGUAUUUCAUGGCACUUUAAUCAUAAUAACCUUAAGUUUAUUAACACCUAUAAUCUCUGUGGUUUUGGAAAAAUAAUUUGAAGAAACUGACAAGUUGUCUCCACAAUUUAUCUUUUCAUUCUAGUUGCAUGCGCUUAACAUAUUUACUGCUUUGCAAGGCAGUUUUAAUUAAGAUGUGAAGUGCAUGAAGAUAUUGUUCUUUAAUCAAGUUGAUUAUCUAAUUAUACUCUGUGGAAGAUUAAUUAGCCUACAUGACUUUCAUUCACCAAUUAAAUAGUGUACGUUUUCAGAAAGACUGACAUCUUUGAUGUUGGUAUUCUUUAAAUAAAGUUCCCUACACAAGAACGUGAUCUUCUCAUUUCUUUUUUUUUGUAUUAUGACAGAGGUGAAUUUUGGUUAAAAAAAAACAACCUUGUUUUGACAUAACUUUUCAAUUUUCCUCAAUGUUAAAACGUCUUUGAUGAAAGGUCAUCGCAAGGUAUAUCAAUGAUGCUCUUUACAAAAUCAAA